CUACUGCCCGUUGUUACAGCGAGGCCACUCGGUCUGGACCGCACAUAAUACGACCGUUGUUUUCCAGCCGUUCCACACAGAAGUUCCGCUAAGAACAUGGAAAACUGUUCUGUUCUCAAACCAGGCUUUGCUGAGAGGAAGAAAAACCAUAGGCCUUCAAGAGAAUAUACUGAGUGACCUGUAAAAAGUUCCCAAUCACCCUGCCCAGAGGUAAAAGGCAGUUAACAAAUCAGCCUGUGACAACCCAUCUGCAGUCACUAAAGAGUUACAGCUUGUAUAUCCGACCAGGAAAUUUAAGAUGUUUUCAGACAGCCAAUAAAAAGAGAAAUCAACAACGCAGCUGACUCACACAGGAAAGCUUGUGUUGUGUUUGAAUGCAGUUCAAAGCCGACUCACACUUGGUAUCUAUCUACAGCAGUUUCACUCCAUUGUCCCACGGUUUUUAUGCCUGUAUUUUCAGAGCCAGCCAUCAAGAAAUGGCCAAAUCAUUACCUGUAAUAGCUCAGGAAGAUUUGGAUAGCUUUACCUUGACCAGGACAGGCUCAGGCUUUGCACUGAAAGCCUUUCAUAUUUCUUGGAACACUCACAUCGCUGUGAAGCUGCUGACCAGCCAGGACACUACAGAGAGGGAGUGGAAGUUGCUACUUCAGGAUAUAGCAAGUGUCAGAUGCUUUGAGUCUGAACGUCUCCUGCCUUCUCUUGGGAUUUACCAGUACCACAGACUUGUGGGAAUAGUGACUGAAUGGAUGAACAAUGGAUCCCUCCACUCGCUCAUUCAUGAGCAUCAGCUGUACCCGGAGGUCCCAUUUCCCUUGCUCAUAAGGAUCCUGUCGGAUGUGGCUGAAGGGCUGCAUCACCUUCACAGCCUCAAACCUGCUUUCUGUCACUGUAGCCUGAAACCUUCCAAUGUGCUUUUGGAUAUGCAGUACAGAGCCAAGAUAUCUGAUUAUGGUCUAACCAACUGGAGGAAGAAGCAACUGAGGUCAGACCUGCAGAACUGCAAUCAGAGAAACUGCCAAGAUUUACUGUACCUCCCUCCUGAAAUACUUGAAGGAGGCCCUCCUUCCCAGGAAGGUGAUAUUUACAGUUUUGGAAUACUUUGUUGGGAGAGCCUAAGCAGACAGAAACCUUUUGAAGGUCAAACAACCCUGCUGGAAGUUUUGACAGGAAUCUGCAGUGGUUUGCGGCCUGGCAUUUCAGAAAAGUUUAUACCAAGUAAUUUACCUGAGAGGAAUAGACUGUUGCAGUUUAUCGCUCUAUGCUGGUAUCAAGAACCAGAUUAUAGACCACGUACUGCAGAAUGUGUAGACCUUCUAAAUGGAAUUCUGAUUAGUAUAAAUAAGGAAGAAAUUUCCACUGCAAUCUACAAUCUGAUGGAUGCAAAGGAGACAGCACUCAAUGCAUGCAAAGGUUCAGAAAUAUACACAUUGCAGACGGGUAUAUGCAAUUCAGAGGUUAUCUGUCCACAAAAAAACAACUACUUAAUCAGCAAGAAAGUUCCUUUUGUAGUGCCAAGCUUGUCAGCUAUUCUACUUGAUAGCAGUGGAAGUAAUGCCGGAAAAGAAAAUAUUCUUGAGACGGGUCUGUCAAAUAUUAUCCCACAGAACACAACAACAAAGAAAGGUCACCCAGGCUCUAACAGUAGAAAAUCAAAUUCCUUUUGCACAAUUCCUUUACCUGGUUCAACUGCAGGCAAAGAAAGCAAUCAGCAUAACGACCCACCACUGGCUCUUAAGCACACAGCACAAGCAGUGACAGAUGCUUGCUGCAAAGGAAACUGCUGUCAAAUACUAGCAUGCCAGAGACAGAUCAUACUGAGCUGCAUGACAGAAGGACGCCUCAACCACAUCCUUGAUGUUCUUCGCUCACAGCAAAUGUUGUCCCGAAUGGACUAUGAAACAAUUGCCUCUUACCCCACAGUGACUGGGCGUGCUCGGGCAUUGUUGGACACUUGCCUUUGCCUUGGAGAGAGGGCAGCACAGGUUGUAGUGACUGUACUUUCAGUGACCAAAUGUAGUCCUCUGGGACUGGGCAGCCAUUGCCCAGACUGUCCUUCUAAGGUAAAUAGGUUGUUGUUGUGACUUAAUUUUUUGCAGAUUGUUACAUGCAACAGAGCACUGGUAAUAGCAGUGAUUCCUGUUAAUUCCUCAUUAACCUACUGACUGCAUUCAGUCCUUCCUACAGCCCAUGAUUUUAGUUCUCUAGUGGAAAAGGCUAGCUGGAUUAAUAGGUCAAGUCAAUCACUGCCUGCAGAAAUUACCAAAACUGGUAUAACAAAUUCUAAUGUGGACCUCAGAGAUGAGAGGACUGCAAUGUGUGCCAGAGCAAAAAGGCAGAUGGCACCUUAUUUCCUUGAUUUUUUUUUCUUUUUGAAGGGAGG